UCUCGUCUUCGUCUCACAUUUACCAUUUACCAUUUCUCUUGUGUCGCGUGUUUUUGUACGUACAAUACCAAAGCAACUGGUGCCAUUGCGGAAUUAGUAUCUCGAGUUGUGUUUUUAACUGCUAAAAAAGAAAAACGUUCGAUCGGUUCGGAACAUUUGUUUUUUUUUUCUAAUCGUUCUAAUACUACGUUAAAUUCUAAUCUACAAAAUGGUUGAAAUCGUCGACGAGAAGAAACCCGAACAACAAAACGAAACCCCCAAGGAAGCGGAAAAAGCUGAAAAUAAUGCCGAAAAAACACCCGAAGAACCUCCGAAAGAAAUGAGAUCUGUUGUAUUGACGAGUUUCGGAGGAUUAAAAUCGGUGAAAAUAUUGAAAAAGCCAGAACCAGCGAUCGGAGCCGAUGAUGUUUUGAUUCGAGUUAAAGCUUGCGGCUUGAAUUUCCAAGAUUUAAUGGUACGACAAGGAGCCAUCGAUUCAUUACCAAAAACUCCGAUCAUAUUGGGUUUCGAAUGCUCCGGUGAUAUCGAGCAAGUUGGCGAAAAUGUUAAAGAUUUUAAAGUCGGAGACAAAGUGGUAGCGUUACCAGAAUUCAAAGCAUGGGCCGAAUUGGUGGUUGUUCCGUCCAAAUACGUGUUUGCCGUUCCGUCCAACAUGAGCUAUCACGAGGCUGCCGCCAUCACGAUGAAUUAUAUCGUCGCCUAUAUUUUGCUUUUCGAAUUAGGACAUUUAUCUGAAGGCAAAAGCGUGCUUUUCCAUUCGGCCGGCGGUGGCGUUGGUCAAGCUUUGAUACAAUUGAGUAAAACUAUACCAGAUGUGAAGAUCUUCGGAGUCGCGUCCAAGAAUAAACACGAAGCGUUGCAGAAUGUCGGAAUUACUCAUUUAUUGGAAAGAGGCAACGAUUACGUAUCCGAAGUUCGCAAACUUGCACCAGAAGGUAUUGAUUUGGUAUUGGAUUGCCUUUGCGGCGAGGAAUGCAACAGAGGGUAUUCGUUAUUGAAACCAAUGGGAAAAUACAUCCUUUACGGAUCAGCUAACGUAGUAACCGGAGAAACGAAGAGUAUUUUCAGCGUGGCUAAAUCGUGGUGGCAAGUGGAUAAAGUAUCGCCGGUUAAAUUAUUCGAAGAGAACAAAACAAUCGCCGGAUUCAAUUUGCGUCACUUGCUGUAUCAGCAGAAUAAGGCCGACUACGUGAAAGGCAUAUUGGAUAAGGUUUUCGAUUUAUGGAAAGAGUCAAAAAUCGCACCGAUUAUAGAUUCGAAAUGGGCUUUGGAAGAUGUAUCGGAAGCCAUGCAGAAAAUGCACGAUCGCAAGAACGUCGGCAAAUUAGUAUUAGAUCCUAGCUUGGAACCGAAACCCAAACCAGCCACGCCGUUGAAAACUAAAGGAAAAAGUAUCGAUAAAGAAGAUAAAGAUAAGAAAAAAGAAGAAGAAAAUACUACCAACGGUACAACUUCGCCUCCGGAAGCUAAAGAAGAAGAAAAGAAAACAGAGACCACUACCUCAAGCUAAGCACAUCUGUUUAUCGCAUUUAAAAAUUUUCCACCACCUUUAAAGAAAAAGAAAAAAAAUGAAAAAUAAUGAAACAAAAAUAUACCUAAUCAUCGAUUUAUCUAAAACAAAACAAAAAAACGGUUGUUUACAGAUCGCUUUAUUUCAUUAUUUUAUCGUUUCGUAAACGUGUUUUUACGCGCUAUUAAAUAAUACCUAAUUAAUAAAUUUCUAGAGAAAAACUUCGCGUUAUAAACGUCUCCCUCCUAUUUACCUCCCUCCCGCGUUUUAUUACAUAUACUAUAAAUUAUACCUACUAUAUUAUCCAAAUCGACUAUUUUCUCGUUUGAUUUUUUGUUAGUUCACAAUUUAUGUUUUUUUUUUUUUUGUGAUUUUUAUACGUAAUAAUUUUAAUUUAAUGAAAAAAAAACACGUUUGUUAUCGCUAUAUGAUUUUUAUUAUUUAAAUGAUUGUUUGUGUAUAAGUUGCAUUUAAAUAUCUAAUUUUUAAUACGUUAUAAGUGAGUUUUGCUGUAUGAAUAAUUUCUCCUGUUUUUUCUUUUCUUUUUUUUUCUCUCUUUCUUUCGAGUACCUCUCUCUCUAUACUAUUUUAAAACUUAUAUAAAUAUGUACGUUUUUAAUCGAUGAAUAAUUAACCAGACGAUGUUUAAAAGUUUUCGAAAAGCUUUCAAAUUAAUAAAUACCCUCUACGUACACUCCCCACCGUUAAGUGCCCAAUCAAGUACAUCGAUGUGUUCACAAUGUGUUUAAAAAAUAAAAAAUAAUAAUUCGAGAUUCGCCGACUGAUACCGUACGGUCAAUUUAUGUAUACAAAUUUUUUCAAACGAUUCGUAAAGUUUAAAUUUUUCGCAACGAAUACCGGGUGUUUCGUGAAAAUCGCGACGCGAUGUUUUUUUUUUCUUUAUUACUGUUUUGAUAAUGGGACCAGCGUCGUUGGUUAGUAGAGAAUCGACGUGUGUAGCUUGCGCUUUUUUUUUUUGUUUUCGAGGGCUAUUAUAGAUCAUUUUUUUAUAUACUUUCGAUUAAGUCACACCGAUAAUGUAAUAAGCUUUUUAUUUAAUAACGUUUUAAAUGGAUGAAAACAAACCUAAAUUAUAUUUUACGUGUUUAUAUAAAUUAAAGCUGGCUUUUUUAAAGUACUGUAUCAUGCCGUUGUGUAUAUUUUUUGAAUCAUUGAAUAAAAUGUAUUGCUAAGCUUA